GUCCAUUCCAGAAAACUUUCCAGGGUGGCUCGCACUGAGCAUGCUCCGCGGCGGGGCGGGCCUGGGGUCCGGAAGCUCCGGCGACUCCUGCUCGCCCGCCACUUUGGGGUCGCGGGCUCGGAGGGGCGAUGGGCUCGGCGGGCGCCGCGGGGCGCGCCACGUCGGUGCUCGCCUGGAGCCUCCUGGCCGCGGCCCUGGCGCUGCCCGCUGGGCCCGGGGGCCGACGCUGGCACCCCGCGGGCCCGGAUCUCCUCGGGCGCCCCCUUGGCCGGCAGCCCCUCCUGGAUCCCCCUGCGGCUCCUGGGGCGGGGCCCGAGCGGACCACGCAGGACUUGCCCUAUUUGAGUUGGCCCAAUGCGGAAAGCUCUGGCUUUAAGACUGCAGUGGGAGCACCGUUUGGAAGGAAAUCCAGCGGGAGAAGUGAAGUCUUUAAUCCCCUCCUGACUUCGGCACCCUCUAGAGGGCCAAGGACUCAGUCUGUGCUUGCUUUCACACCCUCGUGGCCCAAGAAGACUCUGUUUAAAAGAGAGUCUCCUGUAACACACCGCCUGUUUGGAGACAUCUCAAGAGAUGUUCCAGGGACUGCUGAGGACGGAGUGAUUUUUCAGAAGUGUGCCGUGGUGUCUGGGCAGAGCGAACCGCAGACAGCUCAGGUGACACUGCUCGUAGAUAACACCAGGACCCCUGCGGCCACCAACCUCUCCGAUCUGCUCCUAUUCGACAACAUCACUGGCCUCUCCGUUAGGGGGUCAACGGGAAACCAGACCAUGCCGGGAUUCCAGGCUUUCAGGAAGAAGUUUCUGCAAGUGGGAGACUCCUUCUUGGUCAGCUACACCGCCUCCAUCAAGGCUGGAGAAGUGGGGAGCGGAGAGGUCCUGAUGCUUCCUGCCCAGCUCACCUUUCAGAGCUCAGCGCAGAACAGAACCCAGCUAAAAGCCCUUUUCACCAUAACAGUUGAAGAAAAGAUAAAGGUCGUCCCAAACCAUGGCCUUCAUACGGCAGGAUUCUUCGCAGCCUCCAUUGUCUCCUUUGUGCUGACCUGGGUCACACUUUUCUUCACGGCUCGAUAUCAGUGUUUGAAGGGAAGCCUGCUCACCAGACAUGGGGUUCAGCAUCAUGAGAGCAAGCUGGAGCACUCGCAGUUCACCUCCCCCGAUGAUGUCAAUGAGGACCUUGCUCUCAAUGACCAAAUGAUUGACAUUCUGUCUUCAGAGGACCCCGGGAGCAUGCUUCAAGCUUUAGAAGAGCUGGAGAUUGCAACCCUGAACCGGGCAGACUCAGACCUGGAGGCUUGUCGAACCCAAAUCAGCAGAGACAUCAUUGCCCUUUUGCUGAAGAACCUGACCAGCUCUGGCCACCUCUCCCCGCAAGUAGAGAGGAGGAUGGGUGCUCUUUUCAAAAAGCAGUUUCUGUUGCUAGAGAAAGAAAUUCAAGAGGAGUAUGAUCGGAAGAUGGUGGCCUUGACGGCUGAAUGUGACCUGGAAAUGAGAAAGAAGACAGAAAGCCAGUACCAGAGGGAGAUGGCAGCGAUGGAAGAGGCAGAGGAGUUGCUGAAACGAGUCAGUGAGAGGUCUUCUGUGGAAUGUAACGGCCUCCUGAGGACCCUUCACGGCCUGGAACAGGUGCACCUGAGGAGAUCGCUGGCUCUGCAGCAGGAGGAGGACUUUGCCAAGGCUCACCGGCAGCUGGCCAUUUUCCAAAGGAAUGAACUGCACAAUAUCUUCUUUACCCAGAUAAAAAGUGCUAUUUUCCAGGGGGAACUAAAGCCUGAGGCAGCUAGAAUGCUCCUGCAGGAUUAUGCCAACAUACAGGAGAAAUUAGAAGAGCUAAUGGAUUUUCUCCAGGCCAGUAAGAGAUACCAUCUAAGUAAGAGAUUUGGCCACAGGGAGUACUUGGUUCAGAACAUGCAGUCGUCAGAGACCCGUGUACAGGGCCUUCUGAGUGCUGCUGAUGCUCAGCUCAACCUGUUCAUCCAGAAACAUGAGCGAGCGGGGUACCUGGAUGAAGAGCAGACGGAGGCGCUGCUGGGGCGCGCUCAGACCGAAGUCUUUUCCAUCAGACAGAAGCUGGACAAUGACUUAAAGCAGGAGAAAAAGAAGCUGCGCCAAAAACUGAUCCUGAAGAGAAGACGAGAGAUGCUCCAAAAGCACAAGGAGCAGCGGAAGGAGCAGCUGUCGCUCGGGGAGGCCCUGCGAGCUGCGGAGGAUGCCGGCCAGUACCUGGGCCAGUGGGGGAGCCUGCUGGCGGAGCAGGGCGCGGCGCUGGAGAGGCUGCAGGAGCGCCUGGACCAGGCCGCCCUGGAGGAGCUCAGGGCCCUGACGCUAUCGCUGUCCGAGAAGGCCACCGAGGAGCUGCGGCGCCUACAGACCUCGGGGAUGACCCAGGAGCUGCUCAAACGUGGCGUACCCUGGCUCUUCCUGCAGCAGAUCCUGGAGGAACACAGCCGGGAGCUGGCCUCCCGGGCCCAGCAGCUCGAGGGUGAAGAGAGGGACAGGGACCAGGAGGGCGUCCAGAGCGUGAGGCAGAGACUGAAGGACGACGCACUGGAGGCGUCAACCGAGGAGCAGGCGGAGCUGAGACGCUGGGAGCACCUGAUCUUCAUGAAGCUCUGCUCCUCGGCCUUCUCCCUAUCUGAAGAUGAGCUGCUCAGGCUGAGGCAGGAAGUUCAUGGCUGCUUUGCUCAGAUGGACAGGAGCUUGGCUCUGCCCAAGAUCCGGGCCCGUGCCCUGCUGCAGCAGUUCCAGACUGCCUGGCGAGAAGCAGAGUUCCGGAGGCUGGACCAGGCUCUGGCUGCCCCCGAGCUGCAGCAGCAGUCCAAGGCGAGAAAGCCGCGCUCCAAAAGCAGAAGCAAGAUAGACCUUUUGAGGAAGUGCAUUGAAGACAAAAUUCAGCUCUUCGAGGAACAGGCCCCUGAAGACCUGGUUGAAAAGGUCCGUGGAGAACUUCUCCGAGAAUGUGUGCAGCAGCUGGAGGCCCAGGAGGCCCGCUUUGCAGAGUCCCUUGUCUCCCUGCAGUUCCAGAAGGCGGCCAGGAUGGCCACCACCCUGUGGGCGUACACCGCCCUCCUGAGCAUCCAGGACCUGCUCCUGGAGGAGCUGAGCGAGUCGGAGACCCUGACGAAGUUGGCCUGUGAGCAGAUCCUGGGGUCCCACAGCCCGGAGCUCCAGGAGCUGGAGAGGAAGCUGGAAGACAAGCUGGCACAGCAGGAGGCAGCCCAGCUCCAGCGGGCCCUGGCAAGUCGACAGCAGUGGGCUGGGGACGGGCCCGGGCUUCUGGGCAUGCCUGAAGACACGGAUUCUGGAAGGCAGGUCUCUGCUGUCCUGCAGCAGGCCCUGAGCCAGGCCCGGAAGUUACUGGAGCGCCAGCAGCAGAGUUGGAGGGAGGAACGAGACCACAGCGUUGUGCUUGAGGAUUUGCUGGAGAAUGUGGAGUUCGACACCUUUGCGACCCUGUACAGCCAGGAGCUGAGACUGGCAUCGUACCUGUCCAGGCUGGCCAUGGUGCCCGGGGGCACGCUGCGCCGGCUCCUGAGCGUGGCUCUGCCCACAGCCUCACAGUCCGAGCUCCUGGCCGCGCUGGAUCCGGGCAGCCAGAAGCAUCCAGACCACAUGGUAGAGAACAAUGGUGGUGGGGAGCCCGCUGACCUGGGCAGAAGGAGGAAGCACCAGGGGUGGUGGCAAGCCCUGGAAAGCCGACUGCGAGGAGAACUGAUAAGCAGAGGACUGGAGAAGAUGCUCUGGGCCCGAGAAAGGAAGGAGAGUAUAUUAAAGAAGACAUGUCCCCCCCUCAGAGAGAGGGUCGUAUUCCCUGGAAAAGGAAGUUGGCCACACCUGUCCCUGGAGUCCAUUGGAGAACUGGCUGCUAUCCCCAUUAUAGGAGCAGAGACCAUUGAUUUAUUAAACACAGGCGAGAAGCUCUUUAUAUUCAGAAAUCCAAAGGAGCCAGAGAUCUCAUUGCAUGUCCCUCCCAAGAGAAAGAAGAAGAACUUUCUGAAUGCCAAAAAGGCCACCUGGGCCUUAGGCAUGGACUAGUCCCAAGGAAAGCUCCAGGGAAUCUGAAGACAGAAAGACAGUUUUCUUUGUGGGGUGUGUGUGUGUGUGUGUGUGUGUGUGUAGUGUACAACUCAUGGAUAUAAGUUACACAUGCAGAAGAUGCAGACACCCCCAACUCCCACGACAUUCAAGGAUUCACUUUCAUCUGGUCUCAUGAAUUUCCAGAGGGUCUGCUCUCCUCAGCAUCAUGAAAGAUAUGCUGAGACUCAGGAGCAGUCUCGAACCCUUGUUGCCUUCAGACUCACCUCUCUGAGGGUCUGGGGGAGACUCUGGCCCCCAGUUCACACUCUACAAUGUCUGGCAGCAUGUGGGCUGUGUGUCCAAGUGAGGUUCUUUGUUCCUGCAUUUUAUGUUUGCUACAUAUUCUAUUUUUAUCAAGGGAACUUUUGAAAAUAAAUGCCUUUUACAAAAAGCUCUUCUCAGUGGCACUUGGUUUUGCUUUAUGUAGUAACUGUUUAUUUUUAAUUGCUUCUGUGUUUUGGCUCUACAUUGUUGUGUUCAACAGAGACUUGCCCUCUAUCAUUCCAGUGGCCAGGAAAUGGGCCAGCCACUGGAGCAUAGGCUCUCCAGCUCAAGUUAGAGUU